AUGAAAGCUUUGUUUAUUGCUCUUAUUUGCCUCUGCGCAUUUGCAGAAGAAGAUUUAUUCAAUCCAUUUAUUCAUGGAAAGACAUUGUUAAACAGAAUGCGAAGAAUCAAAUCCUCCAACCGUAGAAAUGAAAGAACUUUAUUAGCCCUUGAAAACAGAGAAAGAAAGAUUGAAAAUGUAUUAGAUAUUUUAUAUGAUGAUAUGAAACUUGCUGUUAGUAUUGCUGACAGAAUGAAGAUUGAAACCCAAAUUGAUAAAUUACAUAAAAAUAUGGAUAAAAUUAGAAGACAAAAAAGAGCUAUUCUUAGAAGAAUGAAGAAGAUGACUGAUAAGAUUGCCCUUCCUGAUAGAGAUAGAUUAGUUAGAAGUACUAGAACAGAACAUAGAGUUGGUAUCGAAGAAACUUCCCAUAUUAGAAGAGAAAUUGAAAAUAACCAAAAACUCCUCUUAAAGGAAACCCAAGCCCUUGCUCAUAAAUAUGCUAAGAUGGCUGCUGAAAUUGCUUCAGAAAAAUUAGUUAAAACUAUUGAUCAUAAGAAAGAGGGUGAUAUCUUAAAGGCUAAAGAAAAAUUCAAGAAAGUCUCUAAGAAAGCUUAUAAUAAAUAUUAUAAGAAAAUUGUUGAAAGAAUUGAAGAAGCUACAGCUGAAGGUGUAGUUAACGAAGAUAUUAAGAUGGUUUGUAGAUCUGCUAUCGAUGGAUUAAUUAGAAAACUUGAACACCAAUAUUUAAUUAUCGUCAGAUCAAGAAAUGAAGCUAAAAAAGAAGCUAAAAAAGUCUCUAAGAAACCAUUAAGAAAAUCUAUGAAGACUCUUGGCAAAGUUUUCAAAAAAGAAAUCACCAAGAAAAGUGCAAAAGAUUUAAAGAAACAAGAAAAGAAAGCUCUUGAUAAGAUUACUAAAACUGAAAAAACUGUUAAUGUUAAAACAACAUCUAAAACAGAGAAAAAGACUUCUACGUCAGCAAAACAAUCUAAACUUGCUACUGAACAAAAGAAAGCUACAAAACAAGUACAAACUAAAAAGAAGUAA